AUGCUUCAACAGAUGUCGCAAGGAUUUUUCCCAGAUUUUAGUGCUAUUUCCGUGUGCGCUAUCCUGGCCGCCGUGACAGGGGGUGCGGCAGCCUUCCUAGCCUUCCCUGACUCCCGCCACCCUCCCGCACUCUACCACGCCCCACCAGCCCCUUACCACCCACCCCCAGCGCCCUACCACCCACCUCCUGCACCUUACCAUCCUCCCGAACCUCACUACCCUGAUGUGCCGCCAAAGUACGAGUACACCUAUGACGUGAACGACGACUACCGCAAGGUGAAGUUUGACAAGACAGAGAGCCGCGAUGGGUACAAGACCGCCGGCUCCUACUCUGUGCACCUUCCUGACGGCCGUAAGCAAAUUGUCACUUAUGCGGACUCUGGCGACGGGCUUGAGGCUGAGGUGAAGUACGAGGGAGACAUCGUAGUGGAUCCUUACCACCCCCCUAAGCCCGUUCACCCAGCUCAUCCCCCUCCCUCCUACCCCAGACACCCAUAUUUCCCCCCAGUGUACCACCCACAGCCCGCCGCCGCCGCUGUACAGGCUGCUCCAGAGUCCGAGGCCCCUGUUGAGAUCGCCGCUGUUGAGGAAGAAGACGCCGCCCCUGUGAAGAUACAAGAGGAGCCUGAAGAGGAGGAGGAGGAGGUGGAGGAGGCAGUGGAGGAGGAGCCAGUGGUGGAGGAGACUAGCGCAGUGGAGGAGGAGGAGCAGCCAGUAGUGGAGAUCGGUGAAGUCACUACUCUACCGCCUCAGGAAUAGAUACAAGGGCAAGCUGCUGGUGUACUCGUCUCUCACAAGUCACAAGUCAUCGUUAAUUUCUCAGGUCAUUGAAAUAGUCUCGGUCCGUAAUCUGUUUCUUCUUCUCUUCUUCCCCUUCAGUUCAACAGCAAUUAGUCUAUCCCGCACUGUUUACUCUCCUCCCUCGCAUGUCAGUCUUUUUCUUCUUCAGUAUUGGCAGUAACAUACUUUUCAGUGCUGCCUUUAAGAGUCCAAUCAGUCCAGCCUUCCAUUACUGGCAACUCUUCUUUCCGUAAGGUUGUUGUUGUUUUUUUGGGUAAUCGUGUUGUUACAGUGUUUUAAAUCAGUCAGUCAAUUUUCUCCCUCUUUAAUAGUAUCGAUAAAUUACUUUCUGACUCUAUUAAAACAAUCAAUCAAAUCUUUUAUCUCGUAAUAGCCGACAACGCCUCUUUAUUUUUUUCUUUCCUUUAUUACGGCGCCAUUUAGCAAUCAGAUAUUUUUUUCUUCAGUUGCAGUCAUAACUUUACUUUCUACGUUGUCUUCAAAAUCCCAGCCAGUGAGUCAGUCCUGAUGGUACUAGAUGACACUGGCUUUACUUGCACCACGCUUUAAAUUCUCAAAAACGUAUUAACACUCACGGAAUUCAUAAGCGCUUAAUCUUUUCUUCAGUUGUUGGCAUAAACUUUUACUUUCUACACCUUCUUCAUAUUCCAGUUUAUCAAUCUUCUGUCGACAAUAACUAGCAGCCAUACUCGGUGCACUUUUCAAAGCCACACUACUUGUACAACCAAACAACUUCAUCACAGUCUCAAGCGCCAGCAAUUACUCAAGUGUUGGUCCUUCGCUUGGUGUUCCCAUUGUUAUGAGUCGUAAAAGGCUUCCUAGUUCUCAGGUGUGGUGAUACACGGUCAAGGAUCUAUAACAGGUGUUCUUUCCCUCCCAUCUGCUUUAAUAACUCACUGCCCACCUCGACAUAUCCUCUUACUUGUCUCUCCCGCACAGGACUCAACACAGCCGUCUCAACAACCGUCACCCUCUGAAACAAACGAGUUACUUUUUCAUUGUCUUGGAUUUUUGUUUAAACUAAUCUCUCGUCACGUGGCGCACCCGUUCUCAUAGUCAUAAUGUGGUGGCAUGAAAAUUCGUCUUCACCUUUGUUUUGUUUUUUUUUGUUUUGUUUUUGGUUAAGAAAAGUAAAUGAAAUUGGUUCCUUUUCAUGUAGACUUCCGAAAAAAAAAAUGUGCAAUUUGUUUACGAAAGUGACGGUGAGAAAUGUUCGUCUCCCUCUCAGUAAGUGGUCUAAAUAUUCACUUUAAUCUUUCUGCUCUCUAUAUGAACAUUAAGAGAAAUUCAUUUUCUUUUUUCAUACAGAUUCCCCGAAAAAGAAAAAAAUAUUCAGGCAGUCUGCUUAUGAUAUAUAUUUCUCAGUGAGUGACCUAAAAAUUAGCCUUGACUUUCCUGCUUUUGAUACGAAAAAUUAAAUCAAAUAAGCUUCUUUUUCACAAGGAUCUCCCCCAAAAAAAGAAAGAAAAAGAAAAAAAAAUACUUGUGCAAUGUGUUCAUGAAGCUAAUCCUAUGAAAUAUACUUCUCAGUGGCAUUUUGUAAUAUUUCCAGUUUAUCUCUUAACCAAUUGCUUACUCCACCACUUGUCUCCUGUCAGUGCUUCAUGCUGUAUGUACUCUUCACUUUGUAUGUAAAAAGCUGAAAAAUAAUUAUCGCAAUUUUAUAAUGAAACGAAAAAAAAAAUGCAUCUUUUCAAUAUAUUCUACUUUCCUCUCUUCAUUGACUUUUUGCUUUACUGAGUGUUUCUUGCUAUUUCCUCCUGUGUUGUAUGUAUUCCUCAAUGUUUGUAAAAAGAAAGUACUGUAUCAUAAUGUCGCAGUUUUAUAAAGAAAUAUCAUUAUAAAAA